AUGGCCGGAAAAGUGGAAAAGGUUUCUAAAUAUGAAACAUUUAAACUUUUGGAAAAAUGUCGGAAAGAGAGGGACGAUGCGAUGCACCGGGAGAGUAUUCUUAGGGAAAAACUGAGGCAGUACGAGUCUAGAAUGAGAUCAACUGAAGCUCUAAAACAGAAACUGAAGACGAUGACUUUGGACAAUAAAGAACUGAGGAAACAGGUGAAAACGCUACGGGCUGAGAUAGGAUUAGAAGCGAGCCCGAAGUUUCAAGGGAAAACUACGAAGGACAUAAUAAAUGAUUUGCAUGAGAAAGAGCGCCAGUGCAAUUCAUUAAUGGAAAAGGCAGGGAAAUUAAGCUUGACGAUUGAUGAACUUACGUCUGAGCUGGCCAAUACCGUAACUUCAAAAACUCUAUUAGAGGACCAGGUACAGUCAUUGCAGCAAAAUCUAAAAGACAUGACAAACAACCAGCGCCGUUUACUGAAGCUGUGGGAAGAUAAAAAAGCGCAACGCGAGCAGCUGUCCCUUCCGGCAAUUUCCCAAAAACCUGGUCAGAGACCCAUCGUGCACAAAGCAGUGCAGACUGAAAUGUCCAUUAACGCAGCACAGAGACUACCAACAAAUGCCUUUGAAACCAAACCACCACGAGAAACGGAGAGAAGCAAAGCAAGCAUUGAAAAACGCAACAUAACUUUGCCAAACGGCAACCUCCGGGACAAAACGGCUUUAAUUCAGAGUGAAGCCAAAGGAAUACAUAACUGA